AUGAUUUCACAAGAUCAUGCCAAGUUGGAUUCGGACACAAUUGCGGAUGCCAUUAGGCCGUUGGUCGAAUCAGACCCCUCGAUAAAGGUGAAGUCUGUUAUUGCAGAAGUUCAAUCAAGGUUCAACUACACUGUGAGUUACCGCAAGGCUUGGUUGGCAAAGCAGAAAGUUGUUGCCAAGGUUUUCGGUGAUUGGGAAGUUUCUUACCAGGCUCUGUCAGUAUGGUUGAAAGCAAUGACGGUGAAGAUGUCAAGGUCUCGUGUUCAAAUCAAAACACUCCCCAUUUACCGUGAGAGUGAGGAGGUUCAAGGUGUAAGAGUUCUGCACCGCAUUUUUUGGAGCUUCUAUUCAUGUAUUGUAGCAUUCAGACACUGCAAGCCACUAGUGCAAGUUGAUGGCACGCACCUGUACGAAAAAUAUAAAGGUGUACUUCUGGUAGCGGUUGCACAAGAUGGGAAUCAAAACAUUGUGCCUAUUGCAUUUGCGAUAGUCGAGGGCGAGACGACAGACGCAUGGGAGUUUUUUCUAACCAAUUUGCGGAGAUAUGUUGUUACCAUUGAUGGUGUGGGUAUUAUUUCUGACCGCCAUACCUCCAUCGACGCUCCAAUAGCUCGCAGUAACGGUGCAUGGUCACCACCAAGGGCGUGUCACAUGUACUGUAUCAGGCACAUCGGGUCCAACUUCUUAAGGAGGUUUAAGGCUCCAUAUUUGCAUAAAAUUGUGGUGAACACAGGCUAUUCUAGGACGGAGCAGGAGUACAACAAAAACUACCAAAGGCUUAAAGAGCAGGUGAGGCAUAUAUUCAAUGGUGCGAUGAGAUCGGUGUUGAGAGAUGGGUGUUGGCAUUCGAUGGUGGUCAUCGUUGGGGACAUAUGA